GGCCGGCAACAAAGUAACGUUUAAUCUCCAUCGUUUGGCCUCCUCCGUCGCUACUCGACAAGCGAAAGCAUCUCUUCGCGUCUCUACUUAACCCCUCCUCUCCUCGGCGAACGCCCGCCCACCUGCGCUCCGCCCUUCGAUUCCCUCGCCAUGGAGGACGACGUUUCAGGCCAUCACCGCGUUCCAGUUUACUCGUCGGCCACCGAGGUUGUGGAGAAGCUGAAGGAGAAAUGGAGCAGCGUGAAGAAGCAACCGUACCCGGCGAUGUAUUCCAGCGUCUUCGGGGGGAUAAUUCUCGAUCCGACCGUGAUGGUGAUCCCCAUCGACGAUCACAUGGUUCAUAGAGGGCAUGGCGUGUUCGAUACCGCCAUGCUUAUGGAUGGGUAUCUGUAUGAGCUGGAUGCCCACUUGGACCGAUUCUUGAGGUCUGCAUCGAAAGCAAAGAUCACUUCCCCCUUCCCUCGCGAAAUUUUGCGUAGUAUACUUAUCGAAAUGACUGCAGCAUCCAAGUGCAAAAGGGGCUCAAUUAGAUACUGGCUGAGUGCAGGUCCCGGGAAUUUCUUGUUAUCACCAGCAGGCUGUCCAGAGGCCGCCUUCUAUGCGGUAGUUAUUGAUGUUGACUAUUCUCAAUGCAAGGAAGGUGUCAAAGUUAUUACAUCCACCAUACCAAUGAAGCCUCCUCUAUUUGCUACUAUGAAGAAUGUGAACUAUAUCCAAAAUGUUCUUUCGGUAAUGGAAGCAGAAGAGAAGGGUGCCUUUGCCUCGAUCUGGGUUGAUGACCAGGGUUAUAUUGCAGAGGGCCCUAAUGUUAAUGUUGCAUUUAUAAGCAAGGGCAAGGAAUUGCUGCUUCCACCAUUCGAUAAGAUACUUAGUGGCUGCACCGUUAAGAGGCUUGUGGCGCUAGCACCCAAGUUAAUCAAGAAAGGUCUCCUAAAAGCCAUCAGGACUGCUCAUAUGACAAUAGAUCAAGCUAAAGAAUCAGAUGAAAUGAUGUUUGUUGGGAGUGGGCUGCCCGUAAUGCCUAUAGUGCAGUGGGAUGAUCAACUAAUUGGAGAUGGAAAAGUUGGGGAAGUGACGCUCGCUCUCUCUGAUCUGCUCUGGGAGGAUAUGAUUGCGGGUCCAGAAAGGAUUCAAGUUCCCUAUAAUUAAACUGUUUGCGUAUCUGAUUGGACUGAUUUACUCUUCAUGAAUCUACAAUUUGUAGCUUUUAUCUUCCUAGAAUGUAUGCUGAACAAUUUCGUGCUGGCAAUAGUGAAGCUACUCCUGAAUUGUCUUUGUUC